AACAGGUUAAGGCAAUGAUGAAUAGCCAGCCUUCAUCCAAUGGCUUCCCACACAGAAGAGUUGAAAAAGAAGCAGGGAUGUAUAAAGCACAGCCGAUAAAAUCACACUCCUUGAAAAAUACAGAAAAUGGGAGGGAAGCUGGAAGUGUGGACAGCCCUUAUCGUGAUCUGUUUGUUUAUCUCACAACUUGUAAAAUCGGACAUCAUGUAGAAGUUCAUCUAAAAAAUGGAUCGGUUUACAGUGGCAUAUUUCAUUCUACUGAUGUGAAGAACAAUUUUGGAAUUAUUUUGAAAAUGGCAUGCUUGAUUAGGGAAGGUGGUUUACGAGGAAUGACACCGCGUUCUCCGCUUGUCAGCAAGCCACCUUCAAAGACAUUCAUCAUCCCUGCCGACGAACUUGUGCAAGUUAUAACUAAGGACCUUCCUGUAUACAGCAAUAACGGUUCAAAUUCAGUUCAGUCGGAGAAACCGUUGGAGCUGUUGACAGACUCUUCUAUAUCUCAGUCUUAUCAUGUUGAUUUGGAGAGAGAGCUGAAACGUUGGGUACCUGACGAAGAUGUUCCAGAUUGUCCAGAGCUGGAGAAUGUGUUUGAUGACCCUUGGAAGAGGGGAUGGAAUCAGUUUGAGGUCAAUGAGACAUUGUUUGGAGUAACGAGCACUUUUGAUGAGGAGCUGUAUACUACAAAACUUGAGAGAGGUCCUCGGACGAGGGAGCUAGAAGAGCAAGCCUUGAGGAUUGCGAGAGAGAUUGAGGGCGAGAAUACCCGAGAUCUUCACGUAGCAGAGGAAAGAGGGCUUCAGCUUAGUGGAAAGUUUGAUAUUGACGAGGAAACCAAAUACUCAUCGGUCUGCCCGGUUAAUGGAUUUGAUGAUGCGGGUUAUGAAGAUGAAGAAGAAAUUUUGUUGGAUUGCUGCAACAAUUUGACUUUUGGUGAUUCAUCUGCUUCUGAUGGCAUGAAAUCUACUGUAACCGGCAAGGUCUAUGAAGAAUCAUGGGGUGACAGUCUACCUUCACGGAAUAUCACUAUUAUUGAUCAGAGCUGCUCGAACUCAAAUAAGCAUGCUUGGCAGCCUAUGUUCGAACAGCCAUCCAAAGAUAUUCCUGCUCCAGGCAGCAAUAUCAGAAAUGAGAGCCAGUUUCGUGAGCAGAGAAAUAGCAAAAGUCUAGAGGCUUCCCAUUAUAAAAAGCCGUCCGAGGAAUCAGUGUCUGGUCUUGAAGAUAUUAAUGAAGGUGCAGCAACCUCUGAUCCGGCUUGUCUACAAUGGAGAGCUUCUGAAAGGCAAAGCUCCACUGAUGGAAAACUAGUCGGUCGACUUUCUGACAGAGCGAAAUCUGAGAGCUCUUGUUGGUUGCCUGGAAGCUCGAUUUCUAAAAAUUCAGAAAAUUCUGCAACUUCCUCAGCAUCAAGUCGUCCAAUUCUAUCACCAAGCUCUUCAAUUGGUUCUUAUUCUUCAGAAAAGUCCUCACUCAACCCAAAUGCUAAGGAAUUUAAGCUUAACCCCAACGCAAAGAGUUUCAAACCAUCUCCAACCGCUACACGGCCUCAAUCUCCAGUUUCGGAGGGAUCAUUUUAUUACCCUCCCAUGCCACCGAUGCCUGGACUACACAUUAGAUACGGAGGAGCAGCAUUUCCUGGACAAGAACCGAUGAUGUAUUAUACAGCACAGCUUGGUCCAAAUCAAACAUAUUAUUCUCCAAAUGGUCCACAGUACCCACAGCAGAUGAUGGUUGGUCAGCAGAGGCCGGUUUUGUUCAUGCCGCCAUCGCCGUACCAACCGGAGAUGCCAUUUAAAGGAAGAGGCUCUUAUUAGCUUUUGACCAAAACCAUGAAUGGUGGCACAAGAUUUCGAAUGAUCUUCUGAUGGAAUGGGUUAACUUUAUUUUAUUUCCAGCACCGAAUCUUUUAAUUUUUUUAAUUUUUUUUUUAAUUGAUAAAAGUGUUUGAUGGUCCAUGGGAGAUAAUUGAACACAUUUGAUGUUUGAUUUAGUUUGUUUAGGUAAGAUUUACAAUUAGAUUCGUGCUGAUCUCACUUCUUUAUACACUCGCGUCUCUAUUUAAACAUCAACGUUAAUCUUUAGAUGUAUGACAUUCUUGUUCGAGUCUUUUUAUAUAUUAAAAAAAAAAUUAGGUAGGCAAA